UCGACAACCCAUCUAUCACUAAACACACAAACAAAACAGAUUAGAAACCUCCACAACAGACCAGAGAGAAGCUAUAGCUAUAUACCAAGUCAGAAAACAAUGGCAGCGAGCAGCAGCAGCUACGGCAAGAAGAAGGGAACCGGCGGCGGCGGCAGCGGUGGUGGAGGGAUAAUAAACCUCAAGAUAGUGGCGAAGAAGCUGCAGAAGGCGUUGGGGAAGAAAGAUGCAAGUAAUUACGUCCCCGAGGACGUGAAAGAAGGACACUUUGCGGUGUUGGCCGUGGAAGGAGUGGAGGAGCCGCAGCGGUUCGUGGUGCCGUUGACUUGUUUGACCCACCCUACUUUUUUGAGGCUGCUGGAGCAGGCGGCGGAGGAGUACGGCUUCGACGGCGGCCGAGGUUACGGCGCCCUGACGGUGCCUUGCCGGCCGGAGGAGCUCGAGAGGAUUCUGGCGGAGCAAUGGGAGGAAACGACGUCGUCGAGGAGGAGGAAUGAUAAUAAUAAUAGUAAUAGUAAUAAUGGUGGUGGAAGGGAUAGUUGGGGAUCUUCUUCUUGUAAGACUAUGGUUCAGAGCUUCUGAUUAUGAUGAUGAACCUCUCCAAGUUGAUUAAUUAAUCAAAUUAUAAUCGAUAAGCCGUCAAAUCGUAGCUGCGCUUCUGUUAUUUUUUUUUUUGUGUUUGCAAAUUAAUGUUCAUGAUCUGAAUGUUGUUAGCUAGAAAAGGUCGUCACUGUUUAAUUUAGGGUUCAAUAGAGGGGAAGGGGGGAAUGGUAUCGUGUGUCGAUUGCAAAAUCUUGACGGUGUUUAUCAAAUUAGCUAGUUUAAUUUUGAUCGUCAUCCUGUACAAAUUGUGUUACUGUUGUGGUUUAAUUAGGGUUCAAUAGAGAAAAGGAGAGGAAUAUUGUGUCGAUUGCAAAAGUUAUGAUUGUGUUUAUUAAAUCGGUUUCAUUCCU